GAAACGCCUUCGUGGUGAGUCUAGCUUUCGCUGACCUGGUCGUCGCCAUCUACCCGUACCCGCUAGUCCUCUUUGCCAUCUUUAACGACGGCUGGAUCGCGGGAAACAUCCACUGUCAGAUCAGCGGCUUCCUGAUGGGCCUCAGCGUCAUCGGAUCCAUCUUCAACAUCACGGGAAUCGCCAUCAACCGCUACUGCUACAUCUGCCACAGCCUCAAGUACGACAGGAUCUUCUCCAACAGGAACACCAUGUGCUACGUGGUGCUAGUUUGGGCGCUCACCAUUAUCGCCAUCGCGCCCAACUGGUUUGUGGAAUCGCUGAAAUACGACCCGCGCGUUUACUCCUGUACUUUCGCCCAAUCCGUAAGCUCUUUUUACACCAUUACGGUUGUGGUGGUGCACUUCAUUCUGCCCAUUAGCAUCGUGAGCUACUGCUACCUGCGCAUCUGGAUCCUCGUCAUCCAGGUGAGGCGGAGGGUGAAGCCGGACACGCGACUGAAGAUCAAACCGCACGACUUACGCAACUUCCUCACGAUGUUCGUAGUGUUCGUGCUCUUCGCCGUUUGCUGGGCGCCGCUCAAUUUCAUCGGAUUAGCGGUGGCGUUGGACUCCCGUUUGGGCGAAGCGAUACCGGAGUGGCUGUUCACGGCGAGCUACUUCAUGGCGUACUUUAACAGCUGCUUAAACGCUGUCGUCUACGGAGCCCUGAACCACAACUUCAGGAAGGAGUACAAGAGGAUCGUCAUGAUCGUCUUCAAGUUUCACUGCUGAGACGAGAUGCAGAGGGGAAAGAUAAGGUGGCUGACAGGACAGGUGCAAACAGGCUACAAGACCCAGAACACACUGCAGCUCCAAAAACGAUGCAAAUAUGAAAUCACAAAUGUGCCAAAACACAUGAAGACACAUCUUCAGCAAC